GGGAUGGUAUGAUACGGCCCUUUGGGAGGAUACUGGCAAAUAAGCAAAUUAAACAGAAAGAGAGCAACGUGUUGUCAUAGCAACAGUGCAAUUAAAUUACUUUACUGUCAGACAUCAUAUAAUUUUCCUGUUUAGAAGCUCAUGGGAUGUAACUUCCAUUUGGAGUCAAAGUUGAGUGUUUGGCAUAGGUAGGCAAUACUGGUGCCCCUGGAUGCCGGCAGUCCCCGUGUUUACCUUCUGGCUGUGCUGGACGCUGUUUUGAAAGCUAGGAAGUGGGAUCUAAGAGUCACUGUCUAAAUGGGUCCAGUCAUGCCUCCGAGUAAGAAGCCAGAGGGCUCAGGAAUUAGUGUUCCCAGCGGACUGAGCCAGCGUUACCAAGAAAGUGAUUUAUCAAAGGCACUUCAUGAUGACGAGGACCUAGAUUUCUCUUUGCCUGCCAUCAGAUUAGAUAAAGGGGCCAUGGAAGAUGAAGAACUGACUAAUUUGAACUGGUUACACGAGAGCAAGAACUUGCUGAAAAGCUUUGGGGACUCGGUGUUAAGGAGUGUUAGCCCCGUUCAGGACAUAGGUGAUGACACGCCGCCGUCUCCUGCCCACUCUGACAUGCCCUAUGAUGCCAAGCAGAACCCCAACUGCAAACCUCCUUAUUCCUUUAGCUGCCUCAUAUUUAUGGCCAUCGAGGACUCACCAACCAAAAGACUGCCUGUAAAGGAUAUAUACAACUGGAUCUUGGAACACUUUCCAUAUUUUGCAAAUGCACCCACUGGAUGGAAAAAUUCUGUGAGACAUAAUCUGUCCUUGAAUAAGUGUUUUAAGAAAGUGGACAAAGACAGAAGUCAGAGUAUUGGAAAGGGGUCCUUGUGGUGUAUAGACCCAGAAUAUAGACAAAAUCUUAUUCAGGCUUUGAAAAAGACACCCUAUCACCCUUACUCGCAUGUGUUCAAUACACCUCCCACAUCUCCUCAGGCAUAUCAAAGCACACCAGGUCCACCCAUUUGGCCAGGAAGCACCUUUUUCAAGAGAAAUGGAGCCCUUCUACAAGAUCCUGACAUUGAUGCUGCCACUGCCAUGAUGCUUUUGAAUACUCCCCCUGAGAUACAAGCAGGUUUUCCUCCAGGAGUGAUACAAAAUGGAGCUCGAGUUCUGAGUAGAGGAAUAUUUCCUGGAGCCAGGCCAUUGCCAAUCAACCCUAUAGGAAGCAUGGCUGUUGCAGUAAGGAAUGGAAUCACAAACUGCCGGAUGCGGACAGAGAGCGAGCAGUCCUGUGGCUCUCCAGUUGUUAGCGGUGACCCAAAGGAGGACCACAACUACAGCAGUGCCAAAUCUUCCAACCACAGGAGCACAUCACCUGCCAGUGACUCCGUUUCCUCUUCCUCUGCUGACGACCAGUAUGAAUUUGCAACUAAAGGUAGCCACGACAGCAGUGAAGGAAGUGAAGUUAGCUUCCAGAGCCAUGAGAGCCAUAGUGAAACAGAAGAGGAGGACAAAAAGCAAAAUCGGAAGGAGACCAAGGAUUCUUUAGCUGACAGUGGGUAUGCGUCUCAGCACAAGAAAAGGCAACAUUUAAUGAAGGCGAAAAAAGUACCAAGUGACACACUGCCUCUUAAAAAGAGACGUACAGAAAAGCCCCCUGAGAGUGACGAUGAGGAGAUGAAAGAAGCAGCAGGAUCACUCCUACAUUUAGCAGGAAUUCGAUCCUGUUUGAACAACAUCACCAAUCGGACGGCAAAGGGGCAGAAAGAGCAAAAGGAAACCACAAAAAAUUAGAACAAAUCAAUGAUUUGUUUGAACUUACAAAGUUUUGUUUCAGCACGUCAGGUGAAUUCUAAUGAUUUGUGGCAAUAUCAGCAGUUUUUCCUUUUUUGUUUUUCUUUCUAUUUGUUUUUGUUUCGUUUCUUUCUUUUUUCUCUUUUUUUUUCUUUUUUUUUUUUUGACCCUUAAGAUGUUUUAUUUUUAAAGGAGAUUGAAGCCAUAGAACUCAUACUGACACUCAGCUAAUUUACAGAAGCUUUUCAUUACCUGAAGACAAACAGUUAACAAAACAAAAAAAGCCAAAAUUGCCAUUGCUUUCUCCGGCUUGUCAAAAAUGCAUGGUUGAAUACCCAGUGACAUCAGCAUUAAUGUGAUGGGAGUAAAAUUGGGCACUUGGAAAAUCCCUCUUAUACUAGAAGAUAUGUGCAUAAUUUAGUAAUCAUUCAGGCGUGGCCCUUAAGAAUUUAAUGGCCUUAUGAUUGGGUUAGGAGUGAAUGUGAAUAAAGAGAUUUUGGGGGAACGAGGAGGCACGUAGUUCUCAGCACCAAUCCAAGAACCAUCUGGUGGCACUUGGAUACACUGUGCCAUACAAGUCUUUGGACAGCCACUGGUGGCAACCGUGCAAACCGUAGUGCACUUUCAGUGCUUCACGUACUAUAUGUGGCUCAUAAUGUGAAGACUGAUAACUUCAACUCUGUAUGCAAUGGGUUUCAGUGAAAUAACAAGAAGAAAUGGGUGGGGUAGGUCAGUGUUUAGUAGCAUCGUUAAUCAUUGAAUUCUGUCUUCUAUAUUAAAUAAAAAGAAUGUUCAAAAGCCAUAAGCCCGAAGAUUGGCACCUCGUGCAAAAAAUUAUAGUAAUAGGGAAAAACAAGCUAUGUCUUCUAAACUGCCUGAGUGAAAAGCAAUCAAGUCUAAGAAAUUACAGUAGAUACUAAGGAAAGAAAUACAUCAAAAUCUUUUUCUGUGGAUCAAAUCCUUGAUCUUACUGGGGAAACAAAGCUACAAAACCUGCCAUUAGUAGUAUUCUGUAUUUAAAAAGAAAAGGAAAGCAUACUGGUGAAAAGUAAAAUUCACAAGUUCAACAAAAGAGCUCCUACACUGCCCACAGAAGUGAGUUUGCAGUUACUGUCAGUCAGGACUCAUCUGUGCAAAAAUGACAACAGAUUUCCAGAUUCAACCAGCGUAGCCAGCAGAAGAAAUUUGAUCCACAUUGCAUGGAUUCCUUUUGGGAAGGGGGGAAUACAAAAAGCAAACAAUUUUUUUUUAUUCAAAGAUGACAAAGUUCUUGUAAGGUAAAUAUGUAUUUAGCAUGAAGCAUGAAUUAUUUUCAUAUAAAUAUAGAACAUAGAGAAAAAGGCUAUGCCUCUAAUUUUUAAGCCCUUAGGCUUAGAGUUUGGGUUUUUUUGGUUUUUUGUUUUGUUUUUUUAAUUCUGUUUUGGUUUUGUUUUGGUUCUUUUUUUGUUGUUGUUGGGGUUUUUUUGAAGCAGGUGUUAAAGGUUUAACCUUCUUCAGGGACAAACACUGACUGUUUGGGAACUUACUCUGCAAUAUUAAAAAAUAAAAUCUUCAUGCUCUGGUAGGGCUUGGAUGGUUGAAUUAUACUGCCUUGUCUGCACAUUCAGCCCCCCUCUCCCUACUUCUGUUAAAAAAAAAAAAAAAAGAAAAAAAAAAGAGAAAAAGAAAAAAAAAAAGAAAAAAGUAAAAGUGUGUCCUUUCUUCGUCUGUACAUGUGUAACAUGACGCAAUAAUUUGAGGGCAAAUUUAGUAGUGAGUGUGUAUGACAGAAUCAAGACAAUAAUGGGAGGUUAAUUGGUUAAUUGAGGAAAACUCUGAUUUGAUUCAGGAAUAAGUAGACAAGAAAGUAGCUUUGCUAAUUUACCAUGAAAAAAUGAAGUUAGUAAAGAGCAUUACUGAGGUGUCCAGAGUAAAAAACAGUGUUAUAGAGAGCGUAAUUCAGGUACAGUGCUACUCUCCUGGUAAUGACUAUUUGAUUGGAGAUCCCUACAGCAGAGGGAAGCUGUGAAUUAAAUAGAACAGUCUCUCUCACCUGGAUUUAUUUAAUUUGCUGUGAAAAGUUAUGCACUUAGAAUAUCCUAGAGUCAAGAAGAAAAUCCCAAGAACCAAUUACUUAAUAGACUGAAAUGGUCUGUUCCUUAAAAAGAAUAUAGGUUUAUAUUUAUCCCUAACAGCUGUUUCAGGCAGCAGUUUAACCAAGAUGUAUCUAGUUCAUGAAGAGGGAGUUAGCAAAGGGUUUGACUUCCUACUCAGAGGAGUAAACUUAAAAUUGCAUUUGGAGAUGCCCAUGGUGUAUGUUCAGUUAGGAAGCAGAAGGACUGAAGGGUUGGGGCUGCUUGAGACCUGUUCCUGUGCUGUGCAAGGAUUUUGUCAUGUAAAGAAUGGGGCCACAGUGGGGGUAGCAUGGCAAAGCACGGCCAUCUCACCCGGUGUGUCCUGGGAUCAUGGAGAUGCCUGGAAGGUGCCAGAGCCCAGGACUCCUUCCAGCUGUGCAGCUGUGGAAGGAGAGCACGGAACAGCUCUGCACUCCCCUCAGUUUGCUGGGGUCAGUACAUAGAGGGUUGAUACCCAGUGUCCUUAAGUUGGGAAUGUGCAGAUACUAACUUUUGUUGGGUGCCUGCAGCCCGUAAGAUAAAGUGGGGGAACAGAGGAAGGACUGGUCUCCCUUGGCCAGGUAGCACAGAGAUGAAUGAGCCAUGGGUUUCCCCUUGUGUAACAGGACUGGGAUAAUUGACUUCUUCCCAGGUCCACACUCCCUACAGCCAAUGUCUGCAGGUAGUGAACCACAGAACCUCUGCACAAUAAAAUGUGGUUCGUCUUUUUACAGACUUUGGGGAGAGUAAUUUGAAAUAUAAAUUAUACAUUAUCAGUUUGCCACCACCUUUGCACAGGAAUUCAUACCAGGUGAGGAUCGGUUUAAUAUUUAUCAAAAAGUAGCAUUGAAAAGUCAAAUUCAGUGGCAGAAAUACACUCAAACCAUGGCUCAGUCUCCUCUGUCCUCCAGAGAAAGCAUUGUGGUUGUGUGCCAGUGGCCAGAUUCUGUCCACAGUCAGAACACUAACUCCAGAGCAGCUUCACGGAUAGCAGUGUGUCAGUGCAAAUGAGACCAGGAUCUGCUGAACAAGUUCCAUUCAUUAAUGUGGACUCUUGCUGACUAAAUAUAUAAUUAUCACUAGUAUAACUCACCUUAGAAAAAGGUCUUUCUGCGUAAGUAUCUAAUUAGGCAGAUUAUCUUUAUAUAUAUAUAUAUAUAUAUAAUCCAUCUGAGACUUCAACAACUCCUUUACAUACUUGCUGAAAAAAUGAAAAUGUUGGCAAGCAUCUAUUUUCAUGUAAAAUUUGUUGCUCUUAGGCUGAUCUGCUAAGGAGGCAUUAUAUGGCAGGAGUUUAUGAAGUUUGUUCAGGAACCAGCAGUUUGGCUGAGGGCUACUGCCAUCAGCAGAUUAUUUCUGAAGUUUAAAAACAAAUUGUCCUUAUUUGCCCUUACUCUGACUAUGGAUGAGAAGUACAUAGUUUGGAUUUAUACAAAAUGUUAAGGAGUCACCUUUUAAACCAUUUUUGUACCUGGCCCACAAUGGCAGCUUUGUCAGAACUGGUUCUACUCCAUCAGAGAAGUUCUCUUUUUUAAUAUGAAUUGAGACCGAUUUGUUUUCCAAAAAAUACACUGUCAGUUUUUCAAUCCAGUUAUCUCUAGUUUGACUGACUCAUGCCAAAACAGAGUGGUAAUUGCACUGUAUUAUGAACUCUCUCACUAGCCAGAUGUGAGGUGGUUUGGUUUUGCUUGUUUGCUUUUCUUACUAAGCCAUUUUGGAGUGAAAAGUCAUCGAAUCUGUAACUUUCCAUUUUCCUCACUCUGUCAGUAUUGCCAAAUUAGCAUUUCUUCAGGGCAGGUAGGGGCUAGGGGAAUCCCAGUAGGUCAGCAAGCUUUGAGUGACAAGUUUUAUAUAGGCAUGAAGUGUAAGGGUUGCUGGACUUCAUGGUCGGUUCCUUUGGAAUAUGCCUUUUGGAGCAAGAAGCUCUUGCAGGCCAGAGCUAAUGGCACAAGCAGAUUUCACCAGUGUCUGCAGGGAGGUGAAGUCUGCUGGUCAUGCUUGCAUUCUGCAAGUAAUUGGAUGUCCUACUGCAUUUUGAUGCAGAUUUUCCCUGCAUUUAAAAACACGAAUGCAGGUCUUGAACAGCUUUAAUGUAUCACCCCAUAGCUGUUUCUGAAAGCAGCCUGAUUCUGAUCUUCUCCUGGCAAAACAAGCAGUAGUUCUACUGAGAUCACAGUGUUUUACAACUGAAAAGCCUGAUGUGGGAGUAUGGAGAUGUGCCGUGUAAGACUGCAGAACUGUCCUGUGACUGUGUUCCUUUCCUUCUGGCAUAUUCAGUUAAAAUAAAUAUUCUGGCUCCUCUGCUACCUUUGUGGGAGAGAGGAAGUGCAUCAGCUCCAGUUUUUGACUGAAUUACUGUCUACCUUUGGGAAAGAUACAGAGAAGCUGUGAGGGCUGCAUUCUUCACUGGAGUGAGGUGGAGUUACAUCAGCAUACGUUAGCAGAGAAUUAAAUCCUAAAUCAUACACUAAAUGGCACCAGGGAUAAAAUUACCAAAACAAUGCUUUGUCCCAUUUUCUUGGCAGCUGCAAUUGAUUUUCACCAAUGAUUUUGGCUCCCAGAUCAUCUAACGAUGUAAAUAAUCACAAUCUGAGGUGGUGUUGAAGGUGUCUGCUCUCCUUUGCAGUCAGUAGAGCUAUAGACACCCAAGUGCUCCUGGAAAUCUUUACUGUUUCACUAUUACUGCCAUUUUUCCUUCAUUCUGGCCCUAGGCAUUUUUGAAAGCAUUACUCUCCUUGUGCUCCAGGAUCAGAAUGAAACUACCAGGAGGGUGCAUUUCCAAUUUCGGAUGCAAUGCAAUUUACUUCACUUCGUGGAGAAUGCAAACCCAGCUCCUUCAGGUAUGUCAGUACUGCCUGAGUAGCUCAUUGGCAUAUUUUAUAGGAAAUAUUUUGAAAUGUUUUCUUGACUUUGCCACCGAAAGAGCAUUUGAACCAUACAUCCUCCUGAUUGUAACAGAUUUAUCAGUGUUGACUGUCUGACCAGUUAAGUUUUAGUAGUGUUCUUCACAGCCCUCCAGUAAUAUAUCAAACACUGUUAUGCACAUAAUGCAGCACUGUGAUCUAAUUUAAAUAAUACUUUUUUAUUAUUUAUACUACUCUAUGUAAUAUACAUCAACACUUUGCUAUAUAACCUAAGUGAUAACCCUCUUCUUAGUUAUCUGCCAAACUCUGAAUUUCUGUUUGGUUUAUAUUGCAGUUAGCACAGUUACCAAGUUGUAAUGAUGUCUCUUUUCCUUUGAAAUGGGAUGUGUAUGUCAAACUAUACAUUUUGUGUGUUUCUGUUUUGAGCUGGAGUUUAUAAGGAUUUACACACAACAUUCGGUGUUCUGUAUAAAUCUGCAUACAUUUGUGAAUUCAUCUGUUAAUCAUCCUUUUAUUUAGAAAGUAUUACUUGAUGGUGGUUUAUUAGGGGUUUUUAUUUUUGCAUUUUUAUUUUUAGUACUGGUUAUUCUUGAAUUAAGCAGAGACUUGUCAGCUGGGUUGCUUUAUCUUUGAUCAUGUACCUGACCUUAUAAUUCUUCCACAGUUCAGCAAACAAGUACUAGCUUCACUGACCAAAAAAAAAAAAAAUUCUCAACCUAAUGUGUCUAUGGUGCUGUAUUUUGCUGGUGUACAUUUAAAACCAGAAAUGAUUUAAAGGUCACUUUCUAAUUGUUCCGUUAAGUAGCCUUUCCUGGUUUGGGGAGUUGGGGUUUUGUUUUAUUUUAGCAUUGAAACAAGGUAUAUUUAUCUGAAGCUAUAUAAUGUUUUUUCUACUGUAUCGCAUUUACUUUUUCAAAGAGAGGGAAAUCGGUCUGAUACAACAUCCUUUCACAGUGAAUGGACAGGGGUUUUGUUUCACUUUUUUAUUUUCAGUUGAUUUUAUUGGGCUUUGGAUCAGGCCAGCAGUUACAAGAGCUCAUCAUCCGAGGGUUUAAGGGAUAAAUGACAACUUGUGCUGGCCCUGAGUGCUAGAAGGGAUUUUACUGGAUGCUAGAAUUACGUACUGAGUUCUAGGAUGGCUGAUCAACUAGAAAUGGGAAUCUUCUUCAUUUGUUUACUCUGGCCUGAAAUCCGAAGGUGUUCUUUUUUUGUUCAGAUGCAGUUGAACUUGAGUACAUUUUUAAGUUGCUAGAGCAUUGUACAUUUCCUGAGUAUGUGUGCGGGACAACAAUUGAAAGUCACACCUGUAUUUGAUAACCAGUUCCAUGCCUGCAUCAUUCACACUCACUACUUAAUACUGCCAUGAUGUAAAAUGUUGGGGGGAAUGAUUUGUGUGUGUAUGAAAAGCAUUAUGGACUUUACAUUUUUUUUAUACUCUGAUCUGUAAUUUCAAAUAUUUUGUUUUACAGAAAAAAAAGUGAUAAAGCAAUCAAAAGACCAAGAUAUUUAGUAUCAAUGCUUAAAGGUCACAGGACCUUAACUGGCCAAUAAGUUAAUUUAGUACAGUGAUAAGCCAAUUUUUUUUCCUGUACUUGGCGUCUGAAACUGCCAAUUCAUCAAUAUUAAAAUACAAACUGUGAUGGGGAAUGAACAGUGAUGUUAAGUUGUAUUUGUGUUUACCUAAAUGAGCAGUCCGAAGGCAAGUGCAAUCAGCUGAUCUUUAGGAAAUAAGAAAAUGUUGAUUUAGAGGCAUACUUGCAUUUUACAUUUUCUUGAUGUGUAAUCAUAUUGCCAAAGACAAACUAUUUCAUCAAUUAUUAUUGUAAAUAACACUUUCCCAAAACCUACCAUAAAGUUUCUGUGAUGUAUUGUCUUCCAGUUGCAAUAAAAAUUACUGAGUUGCAUCAAUU